AUGCGCACAACGUCUUUGUCUCAUGGUAUCGCCUCCACCAUGUCAGUUCCCGAAUCGGUGGCUCUGUUUCUCAGCACCAAAGUGGUGCAUCGUACUUGGGCCGGCACCUUCCAAUGCAAGCCACAGGCGAUUUUCCAGCCUUCCACCGUGGAGGAAAUCCAAGAGUUGAUUCGCCAGGCGGCGCUUCACAAGAAAACCAUCAUGACCGUGGGAUCGGGCCAUUCGCCCUCGGACUUGACCAUGACGUCCGAGUGGUUGUGCAACUUGGACAAGUUCGACCGUGUUUUGGAGGAAAAAGAGUUUUUCGGCCCCGGCGAAAGCGGCCCCGAAGUCAAGUUUGUCGACUUGACAGUUGAGGCGGGAAUCCGCAUUUUCCAGUUGAACGAGUACUUGAAGAAACACAAGUUGGCGAUCCAGAACUUGGGCUCCAUCAGCGACCAGUCGAUUGCCGGGCUCAUCUCGACCGGCACACACGGCCUGUCGCCAUACCAUGGUCUUGUGUCGCAGCAGGUUGUUUCUUUAGUCGUGGCCAACUCCGAAGGCCAAUUGAUUACGUGUUCGUCGGUGGAAAAGCCGCAGCUCUUCAAGGCCGCGUUGUUGUCGUUGGGAAAGGUCGGCAUCAUCACCCAGGUGACCCUCCGUGCCGUUCCCCAGUACACCAUCAAGUCCAAGCAGGAGAUCAUCCGGUUCUCGACGUUGUUGCGCGAGUGGGACCGCAUCUGGCUCGACUCCGAGUUCAUCCGCGUGUGGUGGUUCCCCUACUCGGGCAGCUGUGUGUGCUGGCGGGCAGCGAAAAGCGACGACAGUUUGUCCGAGCCCCGGCAAUCUUGGUACGGCACUCCUUUGGGCCGUUUCUUCUACGAGGCGCUCUUGUGGGUGCUGGUGAACAUUGCGCCCCGCAUCACGCCGUGGGUCGAGCGGUUUGUGUUCCGCCAGCAGUACGGCAAUGUUGAGACCUUGGGCAGUGGCGAUGUGGCCGUGCAGAAUUCCGUGGAAGGACUCAACAUGGACUGUUUGUUCUCGCAGUUUGUCAACGAGUGGUCGGCGCCGCUCGACAACGGCGUGGAGAUCUUGACGGUGUUGGACGAGAAGAUCCGCCAGGCGGCAGAAAAGGGCGACUUUUUCGUCCACGCUCCGAUCGAAGUGCGCUGUUCCAACGUCACGUACUCGGAAAAGCCUUACGAGGACGCCGAGGGCAAGCCGUCGUUGUAUCCUUCGCAGGAAUGGUUGAAGAGCCGGUCCCGUUUGAGUGCGGGCCCUAUUCCGGGCAACAGCUUGAGACCAUACUUGGACAACUCGCCUCUCCGCAAGUUCGAGCCCGACUUGGACAAGGUCUCCAACGAACAGUUGUCUGUCUUCAUCAACGCCACCAUGUACCGUCCGUUUGGCUUCAACCUGGAGACCCACCGCUGGUUUGAGACCUUUGAGCAUGUCAUGUCUCGUGCCGACGGAAAACCCCACUGGGCAAAGAACUUUAUUGGUUUGCACGGCGAGCACGAAAACGAUUUGGACUUGCAGGGCCAGUUGCAGUACGGCGGAAAGACUUCCUACUCCAUGCUUGGUUUCGACCCUGUUAUGAAAAAGUGGUUUGGCGAAAACUUGGUCAAGUUCAACGAGGUUCGUCGUGAAAUGGACCCACACGGUGUUUUCUUGAGUGGAAAGGCCUGGAUGGUACGUAACGGUCUUUUGCUUGAGUGA